CAUCGUGAUUUUGAUGAACAAUGAAGAUUAUACGAACGAAGUUCACGCGGUGUUACGGAAAUAGGAAAUAUCGCACGGUUCUUCGGUAUUAAGAAAAUUUUGAAUAAAUCUACGGUUUCUGGGACCCUCCAAACGCCCACCUCGUAUAUAUGAGCAGUCUAUAUGUAAUGGCUUCGACUUGCAAACAGUUUUGUUUGUAACAUGUUGGCGUUCAUUUAUUGCUGAAAGCGGCCCUCAAAUACGUAAGCAAAUCAUCCAUCCGGUAUCAAUUCAACAACCCAUUCCUUAUCAUCAGCUGCAAGCGCUGAAUUCCAUUCCACAGACCUGCAACGACGCACCUUGCUCUCUUCUUAUUCACUGAAUGGUGAAUGAGAUCAAUCAAGAAACCUGUCACAUGGAAUGAACCAUUUUGUUAUCAACCAAUCAGCGCCUUAUUUGCUGACCCAAGGGCUUCAUCCGCACAUAGGCCUCUCUUUGGGUAGUAUCAGGCAUGUUUGAGCUCCUAAUCUGAAACAAGAGGGUGUGUUUUUUUUCUGUCUGCUGCAACUACAGCUUGAAAUGGUAUGUUUUGUUGUGGAUACACGUAUAAAUAUGCCGUGAGUAUGCUGUGAUGUAUAUGUACUGGAUAUUGCUAUGGAGUCUUCAGGUUAAAGAACGCAACGUUGUAUUUUCUAUAAGAAUGCUCAAGCUCCACAGUGGACUGUCUUAUAUUACAUGAGCGGAAUUGUUUUAGUACGAAAUAAUAAGGACAAAUGUAACUACAUUGAGAACAAGUUUCUUUAAAAAGCACGCCUUGUUCUGCAUACUUCAAACAGGCUGAAGAGUGCAUUAAGGAAUAUUGUACAGCAAGUAGUUUUGUUUGAGGAAAGAGUUACUACCUUCUGUAGGACAGAAUGCAAAAAGUUCGCCGAGUCCGCUUCGAUGAUCUAGAUGCGGCUAUUACCGCAGAGCGGCUUACGUCAGAGAUUCGCAACUGCUACGAGACGGUUGACAAAGGCCGAAAGCUACUAGGAAGACUGUACGAAAAGCUUGAACAACCAAGUUUCGAAGGGAGGACAUUAGACGGAUAUCAAAGAGAUUACCAGUUGUUUAUUGAAUUAGAUAACUUACGGGAUGUGUUGCUGCAGAUUGCAGAGAAACGCAAGCUGUAUAUAGAACAGCUAGCCAAGGCUGAGGAUAUUGUUUGGCAUGACAGACAUGAGAUUGAAGAUUUUUUACGGAUCUACGAAUCGACUGAAAAGCGCCUCCAACGAGAAGUUGAUUUUUUCAGUAGAUUCCCUCAAAAACCACAAAAGUUGGUCUUAGAGUUGCAAGAGAACAGUCGAAUUCUUGGCGAUCUUUUAAGUGACUUAAAAGAGCAGCUGAUUGCCGAGGAGGCAUUCUUACGCAAUCGGAACUACAACGCAGUCACCAGUGGCAGUUUCUCCGCGAGCGCACGUGAUCGUUGGUCUUAUAUUCAAGGGAGAAGAGGCAGUCAUAAUGAUGAUAAAAGCACAAAAGUUGAUAGAGAGAAAGGGAAUGGGACUACGCAGCCCGAAAGGAAUGCAUAUGUCAGACGGUCUGAGUUUGGUGAUAUACCCAGGCAUGAUAUUCCAUCAAGAGAUCAUGGAUAUGAAACUACUUCGACCAGUGUAGGAUACAGUCUUUCACCAGAAAAGCGAGAAUUUCCCACUUUGCGCCAACCAAGAAAUGAUGCCAGAGAAAGGGGCAGUGUUGAUGAAUACGAUACAAGUUCUCUCUCAAAUAGACUUAAGCAGCUUGUCAAGCAAUCUGAUAAUGUGCAAAAAAUGAUAUGUAGCUACAACCCUAAAGAAAAGGACGGCGAUAAUUACUCAAAGAGUAUAGGUUCUGAAUCCAGGCCCAAUGUUUCUGAUACGGCUUUCACUGAGGAUGAGACAAGAAAUAACGCUCGAUUUGAAGACAAUGAGACUAAAAAACCGUCUGGAAGAACAGUUCACUCCCCAGGUAUGGGGCUAAGCAGUGGAAAGCAAAAGAGUGAUGAAGACUCCAGGGGAAACAUGGAUAUGAGCUGGGUGUUAGAAAGAUGUGAUGAGAUUGAGCGGAAAAUGCAAGAGUGUUCUCCCAUAGAAGUGCGUGAAAGGUUGCUUUAUAAUUUGAAUCAGCUAGAAGAAGCCGACAGAGACCAGAAGAAAAGUAGAGCAUCCGCAUAUUCAUAUAGCGUUAAAGACAAAAGUAAUUAUGUUAACCACGAUAAAAUCCGAGAGGAUCUUCUUCAGUGUUUGGACAAAAUGUUCACCAUGGAAAAGAGUUAUGGCAGUGCAGGGGAAGAGAUCAAAAAUCUGAAGAAAGACUUGAAAGAAGCAUUGAAAAGCAAAGACGAUGUGGAAUUCAUGCUAAGAAAUGAAAUAGCGAGAUUGAAGAUAAAACUGGACUUAAAAUCAAAAGAUGUUGAAUUCUACAAUAGCCGGCUGUCAGAAACGAAAAGAAGCUUGUUUGAACUCAAAACAAAACAAGAGCGAGAUGUGAAGGAAGCUGAAACGAAAAUUGAUGAUGCAAACACUGAAGAGUUGAAAUUGUUGAAAGAAGAAUGUGAGAAGCUGAAGGAAAAAGUAGAGGUAAAGAGCAAGGAGGUGGAUGAACUACGAAAUGAGCUCCAGCAUGCAAUUGAUGAGCUCCAUAAUGUCAAGGCUGGACCAGCUGCCUUGCCCAAGAAUGCUGCUACACAAGACGCACAGGCCCGAAUAUUGAGUUUGGAGGCAGAAGUUACUCGUUUGCAGUCGACCAGUGAAGAAAGCAUAGCUGAAGAGCUUGCAGCUUUACUGAAGGUCAUCGAGGCGGCAGAAACAAAACAGAAGAAGGUAGAUAGUGAAUUUACGUCUCUUAGUGAGAAGUACGAUUUGCUCAAAAAUGAAAACUCGAAACUGGAGAGGGAAAACGGGGAGCUGCAUGAAAAGCUCCGUGAAAGUGAAGAUGACAAUGUCGAGAAAAUGCAAGAACGGCUAGAAGAAUUGCAGCUGAUGCUUUUAGCUAAAAACGCUGAAAUUGAGUACCUGGCUAGAAAUGCUUUGACUGUUACCGAUGUUUCCUCAAAGGAAGACUAUGGAGUUGACUUGCAAGUAAAAACAGAAGAGUGCAAUGAACUUCGAAAGAGGUUAGCAGAAUAUGAAGAGCUAGUUACAAAUAACGGAGGGGACAUGACCCAACGUCUUGAAAAUAUGUAUCAGGAGUGUCUGAACACGGUUGAGCAAGUUCGCGGAGAAAAGAGAAAUCUGAAAGAGGACUUUAAAAAGCAGAGGCAACUAUAUGAAGACUUGUUAGCCGAGUGUCACAAUGAGAUGAACGAACUGAAAAAGAGACAAAUCAGUCCAAUCGAGGCUAAACAAGUAUUUGAUAAGAAGGAAGUCCUUGAAGCCUUACUCAACAGCAAGCGUUCACCUGAGCAGCUUGCAGAAAUUUUAAAUAAAGAGUCCUCUGGUCUUUCCUUAGUCAGAGAAAAUGAUAGCCUUAAAAAUGAAAACGAGAAACUGCAAAGAAAGAUUUUCAACUUUGAUAAGGAAGCGUUUGCGUAUCAAAAAGAAAUCGAGAGCCUCAAGCGAAGGAAUCAAGAUUUGAAGGAGAAAAUUGGUUUUAUGAAAUCUGAGAAUUAUCUUCUGAGUAAAAUUCGAGAGGAUGACGGGAACACAAAAAUAAAGAGUUACAAAGAACUGCUGCAGAAGAAAGAAGACGAGUGCAGCCGGCUGCGUAGAAGUCUUGAUGAAAGUGUUGGCUACGAGGAGAGAGACGAGCUACUUGGUAGGUUGAGAGAGAUUCAUAGGGAGUUAUUACGAAACGAUGAUAUAAAAGAAGACCUUGGCUUUGAAGAAUUGGUCGAGUCUUUAGAAAAGAGAGAUCGCGAAAACCGAAGGCUUAAGAGACAAAAUCGAUUAUUGUCAGAGACACUUGGCCUCAGUAGCCCAACAAAAAGUGUAUUUCUGGAGAAACUUACCUCAGAAACUGAGAGUCCUCAACUUACAUCAAAAUUAGAGGAAGAAUUGAAUGACGUAAUGGAAGAAAAUAAGGACUUGAAACUGCAGGUUAAAGAUCUUCAGCAGAAACGGGCAGAGUCAGAAGAAACAGAGAGUCAGUUAAUUAGCUGCAGAAAGACGGUUGGUGAUUGCGAACGACGGAUCGAGAAGCUUGCAGAUGAAAACAUUGGUCUUCGCGAAAGGCUAAGACAGUCUCAGAAUGAAGUAAAGGAGCUGAAUACCCUGAAUGGCAGCAGGAAUAUAGGUCAAGGGGAGGAUGACCUGAUAAAAGAGAAUGUAGCGUUGAGAGAAAAAGUUUUGAUGAAACAGAUACAAAUAGAGCACCUUGAUAGCGAAGUUGAAAGACUCAAAACGAAUUUGUCUAAAAAGGAAAUGGAGGCUAAUAAGCUGAAGGGUUUGCUUGAAUCCAAUUCCAAAGCCAAUCGUAACACUGAGAUUUUGAAAGAACAGGCAAUCGAAAAAGAUGAAGCAAUCAAGGAACUGAAGAAAGCCCUCGCGACUGUUGAAAAGGAAAGGAAAGAGACCAACGAAGCUUAUUUAAAUCUAAAGAUCAAAAGUGAGGAAGAAAAGAAGCAUUUCAAAAAGGAGAUUGAUAGUAUUCAGAGUGAGUUAGAGGCAGUCAUGUCUAGAAAGCAAAACCCAGUUGCAGAGACGGCAAAUCAUGAGGCAUUUGGAAUGACUGACGUAGAUGGUGGAAUAAAAAGACAUGAUAGGAUUAAACUGAUAAGAAAGCUGCAGGCAGAAAAUCACCAAAUGGCCGCUCAUAUUCUCAGUCUUGAAGACGAAACAACAGCAAUAACAAAAAUAGUUGCUGAUAUGGAACGUGGGCAUGGUCAUCUCACUGGCAUACUGAGAGGCCAUCUUGUUUUGCAGAAAGAUUCGACGGCGAAACUGCUAGAGAAUUCUCUGCAUCAAUACACUGAUGAAUUCGAUUCAUGUCGAAAGAAGUUUAUGGCCGUGGAGGACCGUUACGAUAAAGAGAGAAAGCAUCUCACUCGCCGAAGCUUCGCUUGGGAUCUCUUUGCAAAUGCAACAGCAACUGUUGAGAACAUCAGCGCUAUUAUUCAUGAAGGUUUAAUCAAAGUUGAAGACGACCUCGAGCGUGAUUUUUCAUCUGAUGAAGAUUUUGAGUCAAGGGACUAUAAGUCUAGGCUGUGGAUCCUGAGGCGGAGGUUGGAUGAUGUAGAAAAGCGCUACAGAGACUUGAUGUUACGUGCGGAGGAGCUUAGCGUUCGCUUAGAUGCAAAGACUGCAGAGUAUGAUUUCACGCAGGACGAGCUAGAAGAUGCUACUAGAGUAUUGGAGUUGAAUGAAGUGACUAUGUCAAGGACACGAGAAGAGUUGCAUGAUGCUUUGAAGGAGAAUGCUAGGUUGAAAAACAUUAUGAGCCAGCUAAAAGAAACCCAAGAAAGAAGCGCCAUCAUGGAAAGUGAGCUACUAAAGAAGGAAGCUGAUCAAGUAAGCGAUGCUCAAGCCGCAAUGAAAAGACUUGAGUUGGAAGUGCGAACUCUGCGUGACAAGCUUAAAAUGGAUGAUUCCGAGAUCAAAGAUCUAAGGAGGAGGCUGCGCGAUCAAGAAAAACAGGAAGUGGAACGUUUUGAUCGGAUGAAGGAGCGGAUAAGGCAAGAUGGAGAAAGAACUGAUAACGAAAUUAAUAAACUGCAGAAUGAUUUAGAUAAUGCCAAGAAAAGAUCGCAGGAAGCAAACGAGAGAGUACUUCAGCUUGAAGAUUUGCUCAAAAAGGCGGAAGAAAAGAACGCAAAUUUAGAGAAGUAUCUACAAAAAGCAAGAGCUGAUUGCCGAAGUGAUGGCAUUGAUCACCACGGCACAAUUCAUAUGCUACGAGAUGAUCUGAAAAAAUUGUUCAAAGAGAACGAAAGUCUCAAGGAAGAGCUGAGCGAGAAACAGAAAACAAUUGCAUCGCUCGCAAAAGAUCUACGCAAGGCCAAAAUAGCUGUGAAGGAGCAAAUUGGUACAGAGAGAAGUCUUGAUGAGAAGGUGCUUGAUAGAGCUGCCAAGGAUCAAAUAAUGGCAUUAAGAAGACGUAUCAACGUUUUAGAAAUAGAGAAAGAGCGUCUAAUGAAAGGUGCCUCCAUCAGGGAACGGGAUCAAAGUUUUGAUGAGAAGAGAAAGAGAUCCUCUCCAAUCAAAGGGUCUUCUGGAAGAUUGCGGGAGGAAUCAUCAGCAAGUCCUUCGUUGGGUGAUGACAAUCUAAAAAGCAAAGACAGUAAUACAGCUGGAAGCCUCAGUGAAGGUGUCUUUGGUGAAGUAGAAACAACAGAAGGUGACCUAAGUCUAGCUUCAGUGGAAUCAUUUAAAGAUUUCAGUGAAGAUGUGAAGCAGGAAAUUGAGCUAAGAGAUAAUCUGAUCCAGGAGCUCGAGGCUAGGGUCAAGGAACUUAAGUUAGAGCUCGCUAAGAAAUCCGGCAAAGAUGAUGACUCAUUUGUUGACGGACGAGGUUCUGGAGUGUCCUUACUUGUGGACGAAAAGACCAUUCAACAACAGGACUUAGUUGCUUUGAAAAAGGAAAAUUAUAGACUGAAAGAUGAAAUUCAAAAGCAGAAAAACAUCCCUGACAGUUACCUGAUAGUUCAGAAGGACGAUAUGAUCAAAGGUCAGCGAACCAAACUUAAUGAAUUAGAAAAAGAAAUCACACAGAAGGACAAACAAUUGAAAUUCUUACAAAAGGAGGUUGCUGAUUUACAGAAGCGAACAGAAAAGGGUUGGAAGAGCAGAGAAAUUGUUCUGCUAGAAUCGAACAAUCCUGAGGAUUCUGAAUGGAAGUCUCAAUUUGAAAAUCUAGAAAGUUUAAAAGCUGAAAUCGAUUUAUUGAAAGAGACUUGUGAUAAGCAAAAACAAAUCAUAGAAAAUUUAGAAGCAGAGUUGAAAGUCAGACCAGAACAGCCAAAGGAGGAUACAAGAAAGUUCCAAGAGGAGCCGGAGCUUAAACAGCAUGUCGAAAGUGUAGUCGAAGCGUCCUUUGAGUUUCCUACUGAACAGGCUGAUGACAAGAAGACAUCUAGGAGAGGUCCACAGUUUAUCAAUAUUGGGGAGGCGAAGCAAAGCAAAGCUAAGGAUAAAACUUUAUCACGAAUACCAGUAUCACCAAGACCUAAACAGGCAAAUGUAAGUCAAGGUAAAGGUGCCAAAAGCGAUGAUAAGCACGUAUCUGACACAACCAAAGAACAGUUGCAGAAGAAGGUACAGGAACAAGAUGAAGAUAUAAAGACGCUCUUGCAAUCAGUGGAAAUAUUCGAAACGGAAGUUGAAAGUUUGCAAAAUCAUGUUCUUGGGCAAGAUAUGCUGAACGAAAAGCUCAAAAAGGCGGAGGCUGAAGUAAAGAGUUUAAAAUUAAAAAAUGGAAAAUUGCAAGAUCAAGUUAAAGAGUCAAAGGCUCAUGAUGUAAAAUUGCGGGAUCUCGAAGAGAGAGUCAAAAAGUUAAGCUCUGAAAACAAAGAAAUGGAGCAGCAAAUAAAGAAGGAUAGAAAGAAACAAAUGGAAGAGGGAGAAAGGAAAAAGUCGCAGCUUGAUGCAGCAACCAAGAAAGUAACGGCAUUACAAGGAAAGAUUGACGAUAUGAAGAAGUUGCUUGAACUGAAAACUGCACAGUUUAAUAUUGUACAGGAUGAGUUGCAGGUCACAGAGCAAGGAGAUGACAAGGCUCUUCGCAAAGCUAUAAAAGAAUCAAUUAAAAGAAAGAUUUCGGCCAGCGAAGCAAAAGCUUCGUCUGAUCUUCACAAAGACUUGGAAUCUAGAAUGCAGCGAUUACAGGACGAAAACCAAAAUCUGAUUUCCGAAUUGAAGAUCAAGAAUCAUGAAGCAGAAAAAAGACUGACAGAAGUAGAAGGCUUACAAAAUAAUUUGGAAGAGGCUAUUUUAGAAAAGGACAACGCCAAGGAAAAGCUUGAUGAGGUCAACGAUCGUUUACAAAACAUGGAACUUGAGAAUGAAGAUCUACGUACGAGGAACAUUGCACUGGAAAUCACUCAAGAUGCUGUCAGUAUGAUAAACGACAAAGUGGAGAGUAAUACGGAGCUCGGAAGUAAAAAUUUGAGCCUCGACAAUCUUGUAGUGCAAUUGAAGGAAGUUUGGGGCGUCUUAAAAGGCUUAUUGCAGGAUUUCGGAGUAGUUAAGGAAGAAGACGUAGCGGAUUCUUUGUCAACUAGAAUUGGGGACAGUAAUGAUCUAGAACAGAUUGUAGCUGAAAUGGAAAAAGUCAAUCAUCUUCUCAUCCAGCAAUCAGUUGACCUUUCAACAGAUCUCAAGAAGCAGGUUUCUGCCAAUUCUGAGCUAGAAAAGAAAGUUGAAGAGUUUAGAAAAAUAAUUGAAGAGACCAACUCUAAGAUUACAGAUCUGGAAGAUGAGGUUUCGGAGAAGGAGAAGGGUGAUGAAAUAGGUCAUAAGUUGCUUUUAGAUCAGAUUACUAACUUGAAGAAGCAGGUUGAAACAUGCCAAAGAGACAAAACAGAGCUGGAGAUUGAAAUCGAUAAGAGACAGCAAAUUGUUGAGCGUUUGUCUGACCAAAUAAAAUUUUUGGAAAAGCAGGUGUCAAUAAAAGACUCUGAGAACUCUGAAAUUACGCAGCGCGCUCUUGAUAGCGAGGAAGAUCUUGAGCAGAUGAAAAAUAGGGUUGAAGAGUUGGAAGAUGAUUACAACAGGCUGUUGCAGUUUGGCAUGAGACUAGAAGAUGCUACCGAAGAAGAUUCGAACAGAGAGAGAACAGAGGAAGAUCAGAAACAGCUUGAAUCUCUCAAAGAAAGAGUUCAACAGCUAGAGGAAGAUAAGCUAGCUUUGCAAAAAAAAGUUGAAGGUUUUACUAGGAAUAAAAGCACAGGAGAUUCAAAAGAGCAAGACGAAGAUAAAGACAAAGUGAUGUUGGAAGAAACUGUUUACCGACUUGAGCUAGAUAAAGCUGAUAUGCAGAAGAGACUAGAUGAGUAUUCUGAAGCUGUUGAGAACAGUGAAAGGCUAGAAGAGCAACUCAAAGACAGUGAGAAGAAGGUACAGAAUCUUGAAGAUGCUAUGUUUAGACUUGAAAUAGAAAAAGGAAAAUUGCAGAAGAGUCAAGAAACAGGUGACAAUCUUAAUGGUGGUGAAAAUCAAGCUUUGGUUGAAAAAAUUACGGAGUUAGAAGAUGCAAACUUAAGAAUGGAAGAGGCUAUUCUAAGACUUGAUUCAGAGAGAGAAGGUCUUAAAAAGCGGAUUAAUGAAUUGACAUCUGAUGAAGCAAAAGGCGAUAUUAAAGAUCUGACGUUACUUUUGAUUGAUAACGAAGAAAAAAUUGCUGAUUUGCAACAAGAGAAAAGAGACUUAAUUGCGAAGCAGGAGGAACUACAAAGAGCUAUUGAUGAUAUGCUUGCUUCUCCAAGAAGUGGUUCUGAUAACGAAGGAGAAGCGACUGAUGAGGAGCAUGGAAUAUUCAACGGUGGUCCUAAGUCAUGGAAGCGUCGACUCGUUGCUGCUUAUAGAGACUUGAAAGAGAAGUCUGUGGAGAUUGUAAUGUUGAAGAUGAUAGUGGAAAGUAAGAAUGUAGAGAUAGAUCUUCUUUCUAAAGAGCUUAGUGAAGAGUCAUAUAGUAUCAACGAAAGUUUUGGGGAUGACUUUUCCAGUAAAAGCGGAAGAUUUGAAGUUCAGCAACAACUUAGAGGCACUGUUCGUAUGCUUCAAGAAGAAGUGAAAUUGAAAGGUACGGAGAUAAACAAUCUUCGUGAAGAAAUUGCUGCACUUCAAAAUACUCUGCAGCUUCAAGAGGCAUCUGUUGGAGACAAAGUAGCAGUAAGGAUUAAUGGAAAAGACGGUAAUGAAGUCGAAAAUGAAAAUUUGCAACUGGAGAUAAAGAAGCUAAAGGAAGCCCUGGCUAGUAAGGAAGAGCAGUAUGAUUCGCUUUGUGAUCAGCUGUUCAAUGGUGAUCCAAUCGUUACUUCAAGCCAAAAUGAAGAUUUGAUGACUGAGCUAGAAGACACAAAAAGUAUUUUAGCUGAAAGGGAGAAAAGAUACGAUGAUCUUGAAGCGAAUUAUGAAUUGGUGUAUAAUGAAUUAACAAAGAUGAAAGCUGGUAUGGGGGACAAUGAUGUCCAAGAUUCACAGCUUAGUAUCCACGAGAAGAAGACUGAAGAAUUAGAGAAAGCAUUGUCGGAUUAUGAAGAAAAGUGUCGCUUGAUAAGUAAUGAUUUUGAUGAAUUGGAAGAUAAGUAUAGAGAGGAAAUGAACUACGCUUCUACUCACAUUGGCCAACUGAUGGUGCAAAUAAGUGAUCUUGAAGAUCAACUAGAGGUUAUGCGUCGAAAGAAGGAACAGGCCUCAAGCAAUGACGAUAACGAUGUCUUUGCAGUGAAAGUAUUAGAGAAUAAACUUAAAGAUUCGGAAGAUGAUUUGAAAAGAAAGAAUGACCUGAUUUCUAAUUUAAAAGAAACUCUUGCCAAUUUUUAUGACAAUGCCGAGGACCAGUCAGAAGCAUUGUCGAAGGAACUGAAGCGAAUUGCCAAGGAAAACAGGGACCUACAAGACCAACUAGAUCUUCAGAAGACAAGGUAUGAAAUAGAGCUCGAGAGCAUGCGAUCAUCAAUGACAGCCUUAAAAGGGGAGCAUGUGACGUCAUUAAAAGAAGACUUCGAGAGAGUUUGCAAUGAUAAAGUUGAGCUGCAGGUUAAAGUGUCGGAAUUGUCAGAGAAAGUGUCAAAGCUUCAAGAAAAAAUUGGAGAGCUUAAAAAAGUAAAUGAGGAUUUGGAGACAAAAGCAAAACGCAAGGAAGAAGAUGCUGUUCUCAAUUUACUUGACUUCACAGCAACUACUUCAAGGAAUAAAGUAGUUGUACAGCCUGGCAAGGAAUUUCACACUGCCAUCGCAUACCCACCAAAGUACAUGAGCAGAAUCAAAAUUCUAUUGAAGAUUUCUGAAAUAGAAGGUGUUGAAGCAAUGGAUUCAAACGUGGAGCAGAAGACGGCCGUGCGGCUUGAAAUUGAGAAUCUGGAGCUUCUUGCAACCGUAGAGAGCCAAGAGGGUAUGAUUAAGUCAAUGAAAGAGGACAUCAAAAACUAUGGCUUUGGAGACCGAAGACAAGAGAUACGCGCACUUGGACACGAACAGCAGAUAAUGGACUUUGAGCAAUCCUUGAGAAGCAAAGAUUUAACCUUGCAGCAGCUGAAGGAAGAGCUGAUCACAUCGCAAAGAGCUGUAGAAGAUGUCUACAGAAAGUAUGAGCAAAAUCGCAAGAAAGGAGAAACGCGGGAACAGCUCAUUCGCCGGCUGCAGAAGGAUUUGCAAGAAAUGCAUGAGUCACUUGAGAAAGCACAGGAUGAGAAGCUUGAUAUCGCCGACAGGAUGAGGCAGUUGCAAAACGAUAAAACUGCUUUGAAACUUGAUUAUGACUGGUUGAGAGAGAAAGUGCAAACGAUAGAAGGAAGCGAUCAUGAUAAGAUGGAACAUGAUGAAAUAGAUUCAGGGUAUCUUAGCAAGUCCACAGGAUCAUUCAAAUCCACCAAAACAAACAGCGUUCGAAAAUAUGAAAGCACAAGCGACGGAGACCGGCAGUUUUCAUCUAAAGUGGAGCAUUAUUACAGCUCUUCAUCGGACGAUUCUUCUAUGAAACCUGUGGUGAAGCAUUUUCAUGAAGUCGAAGAAGGAUUUCGCCGUGCUAUGACAUCGCAAAACAAAGAUCUAAAUCGCGAAAAGGAAGAGUUGAUGCGAGAAUUCAAGACGCUGCAAACACAGCUAUUGGAUCUGCAACGAGAGCACGAAAAUUAUGCUCAAAAGGUUACAGAGAAGGAUAAACUGAUUGAACGGCUGAAGUCUGCAAAGGCAGUUGUUGAGAAUGAUCUUGACACGAUUGUUGGUGAGCUCCAAGAACUGAAGUUGAGCAACGAAAGGCUGCAAACGGAGAACAGUGAACUGAAAAAUGAUCUAAUGAGUAGCCGUAAUCAUGUAUCGAAGUUGGAGAUCGAAUUUGAAAAUGAAGCGAAGCAAAAAAGCUAUUUGAGGGAGCAACUGGAAACACUGACUGCAACGAGCUCACAAAGCAGGGAAGAUCAUAGCCGAAUUGAACAGCAGCUGAGAGAAUACCAGCGAAAAAUUGAUGGAAUGAGCAGAGAACUUGCGGGCAGGGAUAGCGUUAAUCAACAGUUGAAAACAAGGGUCGUCAGCCUAGAAGGUCAACUUGAAACCAUAAGAAAGGAGUAUAACGAAUGUCAGAUAGGCCGGGAAUCGCUUCAGCAGCAGAAACAGGAGUUGCAAAACGACGUGAGGCGGCAGCACAAUAGAAUGAUUGAAGUUGAAAGUGCGUUUGAUGAUAUCCAGCAGAAAAAAACGUCUCUUCAACAGGAGCUUGGAGAGCUGAAGAAGAAUUUCAGUCGUCUUGCGACUGGUGAAGAGAGCUGCCACCAAGAGAAAUCGAAGCUUCAGUCAGAUGUUCUGACUGCCCAGAAGCAGAUUUCUCGCUUGGAGGCAGCUCUUGACGUCACACAGCAAGAGAAGAUCGAGCUGCAGCAGGAACUUGGACCGGCAUCGCAGCGACUUGUCAUGCUUAGAGCCGCUUAUGAGGCUGCGCAGCAAAAGAAAGAUCAGCUACAGCAAGAUUACCUCACUGCACAAAAGAAGACAACUGAAUUGGAGGCUGUGAAUGAAAGGCUUAGGCAAGAAAAGGGUGAACUUCUCCAGGAGCUUCAAAUUGUUAAAAGGAAAAUUGUACAAAAUGAUGUUGAAGUCAGGGAAGUGUACAAAGAACGAAACACUCUGAAGGGACAUCUAGAUGAAUCGAACCGAAAACUUUCUACUGCUCAAGAAGAGAUAUCUAACCGGCAAAGGCAGAUUGAGGAACUGCAGUACAAGUAUGAGUCACUGACUCGAGAUUUGUCUCAGAGGGACAGCCUGUUUGAGCGCAUAAAGAUGGAAAGAAGAUCUGUGGAGGAAGAGCUCAGGCAAUGUGGAAAUGACUUAGAAAGGCUGACCAAUGAACUGAAAACUGCGCUGAAAGACAACGAAAAACUAAAAGGCGAAUUAUCGAACGCCCAAAGACGCUAUACAGAAACUGAUAAUCUAAUGCGAAAGACCCGAAUGGAGAGAGACCAAAUACAACGCGACUUUGCUGCACUUGAGCGCUCGGUCGUUGAGCUGCGUGAUUUGAGUCAUAAACUGCAGAGUGACAAGGAAGAUUCAGUUAGAGAGCUGUAUUCUGUAACAAACAGACUUUCAAAGGCUGAAGAUGACAAUGAAGGUCUAGUGCGAGACAAUCAAACCCUUGAUCGUGAGCUCCAAGCCAGCAAAAACAAGGUUUCUCAGUUGGAGGCGCAGUUACAGGAGCUGCGAAGGAGAGAAGGUCAGAUGAAAGGUCAGGUGGAUGAUGGAGUUAAGAACAAAGAAGAGCUGGUCAGAAUUCGGACGUUGGUUAGUGAUUAUCAGCGAAGGUUGGAAGUUGCAACUCGAGAGCUGGAGCAGAGCAGAAAUGCUUUGAAUCAAGUUAAAACAGAAAGGGACUCUAUGAAACGCGACACUGAGCGAAUCACUCGUGACUUUGAUAACUUGAAGUCAGCUCUUGAUGCCGCGACCAAAGAGAAGGACCGUUACAGCAAAGAAUCGCUCAUUGCCCAUCGCAAAAUCAGUGACUUUGAAAUGUUGGUGCAACGUGUGCAAGAAGAGAAUAUGCUGCUUAAGAAGGAUUUGAACUCAUCACAUAACAAAAUGAACAGCCUGCAAAAGGUUGUAGACAGAGCCACAGCAAAUCACAGUAAAGUUGUAAAUGAAGCGAAUAUGUAUAGGGAGAAUGCCACUCGUCUUGAGAAUGAAGUUCUAAUUGUGAAAGAAGAAGCAACAAGCUUCCAAUCACAGGUUAACAUCUUUGAGAACGAGAGCGAGACACUUAAACAAGACUUUGACAAAGCGCAACGUCGCAUUUUCGAACUUGAAGCCAUGCACGAAAUUGUUGCAAAGGAAAAUGAGAAUAUCAAAGAUGGAGUUCAUGAGAAGGUGAAGGAGCUUGAGGAAGAAGUUCGUACGCUCGAUAAUCAAAAUAAAAACCUCCGAAUUCAAGUUGAAGAAUACAAAACACGAUCAAGAAAGCUACAGGAAGAAAAUUCAAGCUUGUCACGUGAUUCAAGUGAUUUUCAAGAAAGAUACGAGAGCUUUACACGUGACGUUACGAAUAAGGACAGGCAGAUAGAACAACUGAAACAAGAGCUCGCAGGAAUUGGAAGGGAUUACGAACAAUUAAGAAAAGAGUUCGACAAUCAGCGACUUGUUAUUGACAAGGUCACGGAAGAAAGGCAGGACCUAGGAAAUGACUUUGAGUCGAUGAAACAAAGAUGCUCUCAGAUGGAAGGCUUGCUAAGAAACAGUGAAGAUGAGAGAGAUAAGAUCCAGAAAGAGAUGAGCGAAAUGCACCGAAAGCUAAUGGAGGUCGAAGCUGAUUAUGAGAAUGUCCAACGCGAUUCUGAGAGAGAUGCCCGUAACUAUCAGCAAAGGAUAGCAAAGCUCGAAUCUCAAAUUGAAAUAACCUUCAAAGAUAGGGACUACAUCGUAGAACAACUCGACAACGAAAGGAUCAGUGCGGCUAGAUAUAAAGAAGAUUACGAGCGUGUCCAGCGAGAAUAUCUGGAGCAUCAAAAGAUUUGCGAGCGAUACGCCGAUCAGCUCAUUGAAAAAGAUCGCAUCAUCGAAAACCUGAAGAAUGAGAUAUACCGACUUGAAGCCGAAUUUGAUACCAUGAGAGAACAACUGCGUAAAGCACAAAUGCAACUUGACAUUGCUGAAAAACAGAGGGACAAGGCUGAAGAGAAGCUUGAGGAGUCUGAAAAAAGAAACGACGAGCUUGAAAAUGAGAACGAUUUCCUGAAAAAGAGGUUGAAUGACCUUGAACGUGAGAACACGAUUAUGAGCACAAGACUUGGCGAUUUGGAGACUGAGACCAAGAAUCUCCGAAUCAGAGUCAAGGAACUUGAAGAUGAGCUUAGAAAUGCAAGAGGUACUAUCAAUUCCCUGGAAGCUGAUUUGACGAACGCCAAAAACACUAUCCGAGACAAAGACGCACUUAUCGAAAAACUGAAAAACUCCCUUGAAAACCUGACAGAACAGGUCCAGAACUUGCAGAAACAACUCGGACAGCUCGAAACCGCCUAUGAAUUCUCAGAGCAAGAGAAGGAUGAUCUGAGAGCCCAAUUAUCUGCUGCUGAAAGACAAAUAAACGAACUUAGAAAUAACUUUGACCGAUGUUUGCAAGAAGCAGAGUCUCUUGAACAUGAGCUCAAUGUCAUGAAAAACCGACUCUCUAAAAUUGAGCCUCAGUUGAAAAACGUUACUAAGCAACGAGAUGAAUAUAAGGACCAAUAUGAGACUGUGAAAAAGAGGCUCACCGCCUUGAAGGAAGAGCUUGUGAAAGCUCAACGACAACUAACAGAGGCUCAGCGUGCAGCGGACAAUUAUCGAAAAGAAUCUCUGAACCGUGAAAAGCUCCUUGAUGAAGCAAAAGCCCGGAUACUGGCACUUGAAAGGACAGUUGCUGGUUUGAGGGAAGAGCUGGCUGGCAAACAUCAUGAGAAUGAAAAUCUUCAAAAUGAGAAGCGCAUUAUACAAGAAGAGCUUUUGAGAAUACAGCAGAAAUUUGGUGAUCUUGAGUCUGCAAAUCAAAUAUUGGCAAUGGAAAAGGAUCGUCUGAACGAGGAACUGUUGACUUUCAAUGGAAAGUACACUGAGCUAAGGAUUAAGUUUGAUAAAGCAGACCAAGACAAGCUAGAAUACCAACGUCAAGCAAUGGGGUACGAACAAAGGCUAGGAAAGUUGGAGCCUCAACUCAAAGAGGCCUUAAAGCAGAACUCAGUUCUUCAGAUUGAAGUCGAAAGGCUGGUUGAGGAUCUGCGUGUGGCAACAAACGAUAAUCAGAACUUAAAGAGACUCCUUGAAACUGUGACAAAAGAGAGAGAUGAUUUAUUGAAAGAUGUCAACGAAAAAGAUGGUGUUAUCGAGCAACUGAAGGCAAAGAUGCUGUUUAUUGAAGCCGAUCUACGUAUGUUGAGACAGGAGAACGAAAAGCUGAAGCAGUCGGUUGAUUCAUUAGAUCAAGAGAAGCGUUCAUUGCAGCAAAGACUUGCUGCAGCGAACGAUAAGAUCCGGGAACUUGAAGAAGCUUAUGAGGAUGCUAAAACAAAACGCGAUCAGUUGCAAGGGGAGCUGCUUGCCCUUCACAAGAAGUUUGUGACACUUGAAACAACUCAUAAGAAGACUGUGGAAAAGGAAAAGGAGCUCCAGGGUAUUGUUUAUGAUCUUCGUAGCCGCUUGUCAUCACUGGAAGAUCAGUUAAAUACAGAGAAAAAGCGCGCAUCAGAACUUGAGACCAUCACUGACAGGCAAAAACAGACAAUUUUCGAUUUAGAAAGGGAGCUGGAGGAAAUUAAACGUGAACUUGUUGGCACUCAGAGGGAAAGGGACGCACUCAGGGUUGAGAACACGGAAUUGGUACAGAAGGUCACUCUAAUCGAAGGGAAGAUCAGCGAAUACGAAGCUAGGCUCAAGGAUAUGGAAGAUGAGAAGAACAGUCUUGAGGAUGAGAUUAUUAACUUGAGGGGUUACAUCACAAAACUUGAGACUGAACUGCAAAACAUUGUAAAUGAAAAGAAAGCUUUGCAAGAUUUGAUUACAGAUUUAAGGCAAGAAAUCAUGAGAUACAAGGAGCAAGUCAUCAGGCUGGAGGGACAAGUGAGAGAGCAACAAAGAACCAUUGAUUCACUGCAACAGAGUGUUUACAAGAAAGAUCGGCUAAUCGAGCAAUUGGAGACUCGUAUCAAAACCAUUGAAUCUGAUAUCGAGAAUCUCAGGACUGAGUUGGUAAGCAAGGAUGUGAUUAUUGAUGGGUUGGAGCAGGCCAAGCGCGAUGCAGAGAUUCACGUAAGGAACUACGAAAACAAACUAGGUGCUCUUGAGAUGAGGUUUGAGAAAGUCGCAGGUGAGAAGGCUGAUGUUGAGAAAGACUACCAGAUUGUCGUGAAUCGAAUUUCAGGAUACGAAUCGCAAGUUGACAUCUUGAAUCGCGAGAAGACAAACGUCAAACGCGAUUUCGAGACAAAACUUGAGAGUAUGAGGACAGACAAAGAAUCAUUAUCAAACAGCCUUCUAGAGUCACGUGAUGCAAAGCGACAAGUUGAUAUGUUGCAGCGAGAAGUGCAAGAAAAGAACACUGUAAUUGAGCGCCUUCAAGUCAUCAGGACCACAUUGGAGAAUGAAAGAAACACAUUUAGGAAGGAGACAAAUAAUCUCAGAACCCAAAUCAAUGCCUUGAAAGACCAAGAGAGAAUAACGAGAGAUGAAAUACAAAUGGCAAAUACAAAGAUUGCUAACCUUGAGAAAACGGUAAUGACAUAUCGAGCUGAGAAAGACGAUGCCCUCCGCCAGUUGGAAACGGUCACACGAAAUCUGUCGGAUGUGGAAUUACAGUUGAAGCGAAGCACUGAUCGUGAGGCUAGGCUGCGCGAUGAGAUCGAUGGUUUGACGUCCAAGCUUGAAUCGAUGGAAACAGACUAUCGUGACGUAAUCAAAGGAAAGAACGACCUUGAAAGAAACUAUAAAACAUUGUUGGCAAAUUUCAAAGAUGUUAAUGGGAAAUAUGAGAAACUUGUCAUUGUUCAUAAUGAUACCAAGGAAAAAUUUGCUGAGUUGAAUGGUACAGUUGCUGAUCUCAAGGCGCAAUUGAACAAAGAGGUUUUGGAAAACAGGGAUUUGAGAGACAAACUUGCCUCACUGAGUGAUAAUUAUGAUCGACUGAGGGAAGAUUUUGAAAGAGCCAACCAGGAGCUUACUGAGUUGAGAUUCAAAUUCUCUGAUGCACAGAAAGAGAUUGCUGACAAAGACAACUUGAUAUCUGAACUGCGUAGCAAACACGCCAACCUUGAACGUCAAUUGAAUAACCACAAGCAGUCCUUGGUGCAGCUGCGAAAUGAUUACGAUAGAAGCCAGCGCGAGCUCAAUCGUGCUCAGGAAGAGGUCAUACAGCUUCAAGACAAAGUUUCAGAUUUAGAAGCAAGACUGCAGAAAGCUCUUUUCGAAAAGGAAAAGCUCCUGAAAGAGCUCAACAUUGCCACUGCAAAACUGCCUGAGCUUGAGCACGAGGUUGAAAAUCUCACCCAGCAGAGGGAUGGAUUGAUUGAGGAAGUGCGUAAACUCAGAACCGAGAACACAAAUCUGAAGGGAGAUGUCGAGAGCCUGGAGCAGGAUGUGAUUGACUUAAAGAGCAUCAAUGACGUUUUGAAAAGAGACAUUGCUUCUAAAGAUGACUUGAUAACCCAGCUGAGAGAAAGAAAGAAUGCGUUAGAAGAAGAGGUUGACGAUCUUAAGAAAGAGCUGACAUCUAAGGAAAUGGAAAUUGAUAACCUUUUCGCAAAAUUGCGAGAUGCAGAGUCGAAACUUCAAAAUGCACAUGCAAGGUUGGCUGAGUUGGAACCAGCUUAUGAAGCAACUGUGGAGAAGAAUAAGAGGCUUGAGAACGAGGUUGAAAUGUUGCGAGAGAAGAUCAGCGAUCUUGAAGCUGCCUUGAAAGAAAGCAGAGACAACGAAACGAAUCUUCAAAGCAAACUUUCAAUAGCAGAAAACAAACUCGUGAAGAUCACCAAUGCUUUUGAAGAGUUACAGAGAAAGAAAGACGAACUAGAGAGAGACAACGAGCAAGCCAAAGAUGAGAUCAAAAAUCUCCGAGAUGCCCUAGAAAAGAGCGAGACGCAGCGAGAUAUUGUUGAACAGCAACUUUACGAUAUCAGGUCUGAGUUCGUACAACUGAAAUCCAUGGUUGACUAUUUGACGAAACAGAAGUCCAAGCUCGAAACAGAGUUACGCGAACUGACGUCCGAAUUGGAAAAUGUUAAAGCGGAAAAUCAGAGAAUGAGCAGAGACAUACAAGAAAAGGCCCUGAUAAUCCAGUCAUAUGAGAGAACAAUUUCAGAAAAGGAAUCAGUUAUCGACAGACUAAAAUCUGAGAACCAAGCACUUGAGUCAGAGAACAACUCAUUGAAUGAGACGAUGAAUAGCCUGCAGGCAACUCUUGAAGUGACUAGGCGACAAAAGGAAGAUGCAGAAAGAGAACUUUUUGAGCUUCGAAAGAAGGUCACUGAGAUUGAGCUUUCGAUAACUGCCAUCAAGGAGGAGCGUGACGAUCUUGCUUCACAAGUAAAACUACUGCAGGACAAAGUUGCGUUCUUAGAAAGUGAGCUCCGCAAGGCACGCAACAGCGAAGCGACUUUGAAGGGUGAGCUUGAUGAAUCUAAAGCCCGCAACCAAAGAAUCAAGGAUGACAUCAGCAAGCUCCAGAGACAGGUGGCAGAACUCAAGUCGAUCAUCGAUAACUUGAACAGAGAUAACAGUGAAAAGUCAUCUAUAAUCAGUGAGCUUGAAGCUACCAAACGCAAUCUGUUGUCGCAAAUAAACAGCUUGAAAAAAGAACUCGCUAAAUACAAAGACGAUUUUGAAAGAGUGAGCAAAGAACAUCGCGAUACAGAACAGGAAUUGCAGACUUACAGAAUGAAAGUCUUCCAACUUUCCAUUGCGAAUACAGCACACAAGGAAGAGAAAGACCGCAUCUAUAAUGACUUCGUCAAGCUUGAGAAGGAAUUCAAUGAGCUCAAAGACAACUAUGUAAAUCUGUUAAGAGAGAAUGAUCGAUUGAAAGACGACUAUCAAUAUGCCGAGAAGAAAAUCGAGGAUCUGGAGGGAAUCAAUGCUAACCUGAACAGCGAAAAUGAAACGCUGAAAAUCAAGAUGAAUGAGCUGAAGAGGAAGAUCAACGAGUUGGAGGGUCUCCUUGAAAUGUCAAAGCGAGACACCAUGCAAAGAACUGAAGAAGUCAUGGUUUCAGCAGUCGCGCAAAAUUUUGAUGCCGCCGCACCUGGAUUUGGCAUCACGGAAGAAGAGUAUGAAGACCUGAGAAUGCAAUUCGAAGACACAAAAGCAGCUUUGGAGACAUCAGAGAGAGAGAAGGAUGGUCUUAACGCAGAACUUAUUGAACUGCACAAGAAGGUUGCAAGACUGGAAGUUGAGCUUACAAAUGCUCAACAAAAGAGAGAUGAAUAUAAAAAGAAUGUGAUUGUAUUGGAAGGAAAAGUCAGGGAGCUGGAGGCUAUCAAUGAAAGAAUGCAAGAACGGGAGAGAGAACUAAGUGAUGAGGCAUUGAGGAAUCACAAGAACUUAGCAGAGGCCCUUCAGCGGGUUUUCAUCAUCAAAACCAAACUGAUGAAAGCAGAGGCAGAGAAAACGACUUUAGAAGAUAAGCUAGACGUACUGACAAGGGAACUGUAUGAUUUCCACGAGAAAUUCAGUUUAUUACAAUCUUCAGUCGAUGAAAAAGACAGCAGAAUUGAGAGUCUCAAUGAAGAACUGUCAGAGGAAAGGAGAAGACUCAGCGAAUUGCAAUCAGCUCACGACGUGACCACAAAUGACAAAGAGAGACUUGCACGUGACAUGAAAGAUGCCGAGGCUACAAUUGAAGACUUGCAAAGGAAGUUGGACGAUGCCGAAACAGCCAAAGCUCAUCUUGCAAGUCAGCUUGUUGAAGCAAACAGCAGAAACCAACAUCUAAAGGAAACUGUGACCGAUCUUAGCCAGAAGACAACUGAGUUACAACAUGAGAUCGACAGGUACACAAGAGAGGUUUCUGAGAAGGUUACGAUCAUCGAAAGGCUGAAGAAUUCAAAGAACAUCGUUGAAAAUGAGCUGGAAAGUGUCAAAAAAGAGCUUAUAUCAAUGAAGUCAGCUCUUGAAGCAACCAGGUCUGAUAAUCGACAUUUGCAGCAAGAAACUCACGACUUGAAAAUGAAAUUGAUGGAAAACGAUUCUGAGAAAGUUAUGAUAAUCGAAGCAAAGGAAAAGAUUGAAAAAGAUCUCAACGACAUACGCAAUGAAUACAGCAAAAUGCAGAAUUUAUAUGAAACUGUGUCCCAAGAAAAGAACCGUCUUGAGUACGAAAUCAAGCUGAUUUCAAAGAGAACUGGAAAUUCUGACUUUGAAUCCAUCAAGAUUGAGAGGGACAGGCUGCAGAAAGAGAUUGUCAACAUCAAUAGAAGCUACCUCCAAAUCAAAAGCACAAACGAAGCUCUUGAAAACGAAAAACAGGAAUUGGUGAAGAAGAUUUCCGACCUUGAGAGCGCUGGCUCUGAUUCAGACAUACUAUUGAAACAUAUUCAACGAGAGAAAGAGAAGUUAGAGAACGAUUUGUUUAUCGAAAAAUCUAAAACUGAGAAGUACGAGGAGACGAACCAGAAUCUUGAAAACGAGCGUUCACAGUUGCAAGACGACUUGGAAAUGGUACAUCGCAAGUUGAGCAAGCUAGAUGGAGAUUAUCAGAUCGUGGUUACAAAGAGAGACGAGCUACAGAAGGAACUCACCGCUGCUAAUUCUCGUCUAUCAAAUCUGCAAGCUAACUAUCAAAAGAGUCAAGUGAGGGAAAAUAAGCUGCAAGGUGAAGCCAUGUCUGCCAUCAAAAGAGUAGCUAUCUUGGAGAACGAACUCACCUCAACUCGCGACCGUGUUGUCAUGCUCGAUCGAAUAAUUAAGGUUGUCGAAGAGAAGAAAACCGAGCUUGUGGAUGAGUAUGCGCAGGUGAAGAAGCGGGUGUCUGAGCUCGAAAUUACGCUGGAAACUUCCCAAGACAGAUAUAAUGAUCAGAAAUCUGAGCUUGUUACCACACGAAAGAAGCUGGAUGAGUUGCGAGAUGCAUGCAGAUUGAGUGACAUGGGUCGCGAAGAGCUUGUCUCUGAGAUUGAAACAUUGUCAAGCACAAUUACUCGAUUAGAGGGCAGGUUGGAACAAGCACAAAAAGAGAAGGAGAAUUUGGAGAGGCUGUUGGAUGAGGCACGUAAUCGCACUGCACAAGAUCGGGAGGAAUUACUGAGAAUGCAGAAGCAAUUCUUGGAAAUGCAACGCAAGUGUGACAGCUACUCCAAAGAGUUAGUAUACAAGAGUACCCUGAUUGAAGAAAUCAAGAGCAAAAAAGUCGUACUCGAAGGCGAAGUUGCGUCGCUGAAACGGGAUCUGCAGAAUAAGGAAUAUGAAGUGCAGACCUAUGAAGGUGAAAAGAAAGAUAUUCAACAGGAGCUGGAAAACCUAAGGAAGAAAUUCUCUGAAAUGGAGUCACUGUUUAUUUCUGUUCAAGAAGAAAAAGAUCAUCUCAGGCAAGAGAUGUUGCAGUCACAUGCAUCUGUUUGCCGUCUGAAGGAAAACUACGAAACAAGCCAAGGAGAUAAGGGUAAACUGCAAAAAGAAAUCGCUGCCUUCCAUAAGAAGAUAUUUGAAUUAUCACGUGAUUAUGAAUCCAGCAAAGCAGAUAACGAGAGGCUGAAGAGCGAGCUGGUUAGGCUUCGAGAUCAAGUUGGUGACCUUCGUGCGAGUCUUGAGCUGGCACAGCAAGAUAACAAUAGGCUGAGACAGGAAACUGACAGCUUCCAAGACAAAAACAGGAGGCUUGAAAAAAGCUUGAAAAUGUCUGAGGAUGAACUCGAAAAGGCAAAAGGAGAGUUCUUAGAAAGGCAUCAGAAAGCCAUGGAUUUUGUUGUUGAGUUUCAGGCUGCUAAGGAAGAAAAGGAAUCUCUGAAUUAUACAGUCAACAUGCUGAAAGAAGAGAACGACAAGCUCAGGGAAGAUCUUAAUACAUGCACCCGAAAGAAUGAGCAACUGCACGAUGAGACACUCAACACACACAAGCAGUACACCAAAGUCAUGGCCGACUACGACAGAGUACAGGAAAAAGAAGACAAGUUGGAAGCCGAGCUUGAUGAAGCCAACGAGAAGAUUCGAAAUCUCGAAAAUGAACUGAUGUCCACCACUUCUCAAGUUCAUGAUCUCAACAGUGAGCUUGACCAUGCAAGAGAAAAACUCAUGAGGGUAGAGGGUGCCAACGAAGGCCAGAUCCAAGAAGCAAUGCGGUUGGCUGAUAAACUAAAAGAUGCAGAGGCAAUGCUGGUUAAACUUAGAAUGGCGGAUGAAGAAAACCAGAGAUUGAAAGAUGAAUUAGGAGUAUCGCGUCAGCAUAUCAGCAAAAUUGAAACGGAUCUGAGAGCAGCAGAAAAUGAUCGCAAGUUGACUUCUGAACAAUACAAUCAAAGCAAAGAUCAACUCAAUCGUGUGAACGAAGAACUCAGCGAGUUGCAGAAAAGGCUGAGAUCAACAGGCUCAGACAACGAAAAACUCUCCAAUGAUCUCUACAAGGUCGGCCAUGAAAAGGACAGUGAGAUUGAAAAACUUAAGUCUAGCAUUAGGUUACUUGAACGUGAGAUCGAUUCGCUCAAACGAGAAGUUGAUCAAAACAAAGAACAAUACGAAAUGGAGCACAGAGAGAAAGUCAAUGUUCAGCAAGAGUUGAAUGUCAUUUCGAAGAAGUUGUUGAAUUUGGAACUUGCUUACAUCUCUGCUAAGGAUCAAAAGGACCAAAGAGAAUGGGAGGGAAAGAGUGACCUUGAAAGAACAGUCGAAGACCUGAGGAGCAUGAUCGAUCAUACGGAGCGAGAAUUGCAAGAAAGAUCGAGACAGUACUCUGAACUGGAGAAUAGUCUGCGUGAUUCACAGCGGGAGAGAGAUUCGUUCAAGAAGGAGGUUGAAGGGCUUCAAGGCAGCCUACAGUCUUUGAAUUUCUACCACACUGCACAGCAAGGAGAGAAGGCCCAAUUAGAAGAACAACUUCAAACAGCACAGAAGAGGUUGAAUGAUCUGGAGGCUGAGUAUAAUCGUGAAAAACAGCAGCAACAACAGUUCGAUAGCGAAAUUACAGUUUACAAGUCAAAGAUAAAUGACUACGAGACCAGAUACCAGUCUGCAGAAAUGAAACACCGCGAGGUUACCCGUGACGUCUCCGACAUGAAACAGAGGAUAGAUGUCCUUACUAGAGAAAAUAACCGCUUGAAAGAUGAGCUCAGCGAGGAACAGAACCGUAUGAAGAACAAUAAACGUGAAUUUGCACGCCAGCUUCGAGAACAUCAAAGGGCGAGUGAAAAAUACUUGACUACAACAAGAGACAAGGAUACGUUUAUUGAGGAGCUCAAGUCAAAAAGAUCAGCCUUGGAAACAGAAGUUGAGAAGUUGAGGCAUGAAUGGGAAAAACUCAAAGCUGAUUACAAGAAGGUGCAAAGAGAAAAGGAGAACAUAAGAACUGACUUCCAAUCUGCCAAUAAUCUUCUGGCUGAGUUUAAAGAAACUUGUGAGACGUUGAAGAGAGAAAAGAUUACGAUUGAAAAAGAAAUUCGCAUCAGCACGGAGAAAUAUACCAGGGAAAUCAGAGAGAAGGAUGUUCAAAUCAAGAAGGUAGAAAAUGAUCUGCAGCAAAGCCUGAAAUCACAUGAACUGGGUAACGAUGACCGAAUCCGACAAAUCCAAGCUCAGCUUCAAGAGGAACGCAAUGAAGCUAGGCGCGAGAUUACGGAGAAGAUUAGUGAAAUCGAGAAAUUGAUGCAUCAGAUAACUAGCCUUGAAAGCGAGGUAGACAGGCUAAGACACGAGCUUUCAAACUUGAAAUCCAGAUGCGAUGAGUACGAUCAUGAUCGCCAAGACUAUGAGGAUGAAAUAAAGAGACUACGUGAUGGUGCAACCGUUGAGGAGGAGAGAGCAACAACAACGCUGGUGCUAGAGACCCAAGCACGCCCCGAUGAAAAGCACGUUUCUAUGAGCGAAUUUUAUGUUGCUCCUCGUGAAUCGUCAACUCUGCUUGUUGGUGUUGGCCCAAAAGAAGAACGGCCAGAACCACGCUAUCAGUCAAGCUUCUAUCGAAGCACGGCGCAAAUAGCUACAAGCCCACGAAAUCUAGGGCCUGUUGAUGUGACUGUUACCGGAGUCAGUGAUGUCGUUGAUUCGUCGAGCUUUGAUGUUAAGACAACAAGCAAGACAUCAACUAUAUCGAGGUCAACGUCGUCAUCAAAGAGCGUCUCGUCUACAAGGACAACUUCAACCGGUCUAGCAGGAAGGAAUACUACGACAGUUGGCUUUAGGAGAGAUGCCGCUGAUUCAAAAACCAUGUACAGUGGGCCUGGAGAAACUGUUGAAGUGCAAUUACAAGGGUCAGAAAGAAAGGUUGAAUACAAGGAUGCAGAAGAGCCCAUAGAAACGGCUAAGGGGUAUUCAUCUCACCAAACUCUCCAAGAGGGAGACGAUGACCUAAAGAGAAUAAUCGAAGAAUCAAGAAACAGAAGGAAGAGGAUGAAGGAAGAAAUGUUCUCGAGCUCAUAGUGACUUUCAAACUUUUAUAGAGUAUUAACCAAUUAUUAUUGUUAUGAAUAGUUAAUAGUAUUUCACCUAGUAGCUGUAGUUAUAUUCACUGCUUGGGUGACAUGAUUAAACAUAUGUCGAGACCCCUACCUUUCAGGUAUUUUAUUUUGUAUUGAUAGCUAUAGCUUCAUAGUGUUACGCAAUGUUUGACGUUAGCAAAACCGCUUAGGCCAUGUGUUAGUAAACGCCUUCCUUCUACAGGAUCCUGUUGAUUCAUUCAAAGAGGAAAAUUGUAUAAAUUUCAUUAUAGAGUUGGUAUUUCAACCAAAAUUAAGCCCGAGUCUCUACAAAGUUUCUCUCCAGUCCAAAUGAACUCAAGCCUACAAAUUUUAUUUUUCCACUAAGUUCUAGAUAAAAUUUGCGAGACCAUUUUCGAUAUCUCUUUAGAUUUUUCUGCAAAAGCCUAUAUAGAUUUUUUCUGCAAUAUAUAGUGCCGAGUCGUUAAAAGACAAGUCAAUCACAUUUCACAUGUUUUCAAUCUUUGUCAUCAAAGCAGGUCACUAUUUGUUAUCGUUAAUUCUGGUUUUUCCACUAUUUAUAUCAACUGUUUUGUAGCAUUUUAUACAUCAUUUACUUCUCAGUAUGUUUUACCGUUAUUUAAAGCGCAAAUGAGCUAGAAUAGUUGUCUAAGAUUUUGCAUAUUAAUGUUGCUGUUAUACCAGUAGUUGUAUGUGUUGCAGAAUAGCAAAAAGAUUCUGUUUUAGCACUUCAAA